ACUAGAGAAAGAUUGCGUUUCGUUGUUGCGGUUGAAUGUUUUUAAUCUGUCAAGUAAUGCGGUCGAAUGCCGCUUUCUCUGUGUCUGCGAAGUGACUUAUUGUAAAAAUGAUUAUGAAAUAAAUUUUGAGCAUGUAGGUGAAUUCAGGAGGGUACUUCGGUAUCUAUUAUGUCUGGAGAAACAAAUGUUACUAUAAAGACACCCGAAGAAACGACGCAGAAUGCUGUUCCCUCAGGACCUCCACCUGUGCCACCUCAGGAUUUGUCUUUAAAUUUGGAUUUGUAUAAUUAUGAUUCUCCUGAUGCUCAGUCUUGCCCUUAUGUUUUAACCAGUCCAAGAUCACUUGAGGCAUGUUCUCGUGUUGGAAUUAAGCCUGUUGAUCUCCUUCAUAAGACGUUAGCAGAAUUUUCUGAUGAUGUUGAACCUGAUAAACCUUUAGAUGAAAUUGUGAAACUUUAUGAUGAACAUGAGCAGCAACGAAUAAUUUUACUCCAGAAAUGUCAAGCUGAACGAGAAUUUUUAAUAUGGAGAUCAACUUCCAAGAGGCGUUCUCAUUCUUUAUCUCCCUGUAGACGUAGUCGAUUACACAAACAACAAAAAUCUAAAGAUUUGCAGAGUCAUCGGACUAUUUCUCAGUCAUUUCGUAAUGCACCAAGACGAAAGUCUAGUGAUGAUUUAUUAUCCACAUCUGAAGGAGAAGGCCGUAGUGCUCAUCUUCAGCAUUCAAGGAGCUCCUCUGUAAAGAAUCUUCAUCGAAGUGGACAGAGGCCUAUCAGCUGGUCAACACCUGCUUCCCCUUAUUAUCAAGGGUCUCGUAAUUUAUUUGUUCGUAUUACUUCACCUGUUGUAUGUGCCAAAUUGCAAACAUUUCCAAAAGCCAAAAUGAGAUUACCACCAAAGGAUAUGAAAAUUCUUGAGAUGAUUCUGCAGAAAUAUGAAAAAUUGGAGGAGGAAGAAGAAAGAAGAGCGAGAGCACAGAGGAGGUGGGAUAAGGAGAAAGAAAUUCGAGAAAAGAAAAAAGAAGAGGCCGAAAUGGAACGAUGGAAAAACCUUGCCUUAAAACAAAAAAGAAGCAGCUCAGAAGAGCGUGCAAGAGCUUCGUCUGACAAAGGGACACCAACACAUUCCUGCUCUCGUUACCCUGCGUCAGAAAAAGAUGAUAGUGAAAGAUCAUUACUUUUCCAAAAGCGACACAGCUUCAAGCAGGCAGCAAAAAAUCAAACUAAGUCAUUUGAAGACCAGAAUCCCAAACGCAACUAUGCAUCAGAAAGAUUAUCACGUUAUGAAGCUGAGCAGAAAUUGAAGGCUAUACAGUUGAAAGAAGAACAGGUUAGAAAAAGGAGAAUGGAAAUUAUUCAGAAGCGAGAUGAUGUUCUAAAGAGAAGUGCUGAAGAAUUCAAGGUUAAACUUUUCAAAGUCAAGACAAACCAACAGGAAUUGGACAAAGCUAUGGAACAGUGGCAACAACAGGUUAUAUGUUACCAGGAAGCAGCUAAUAUGAGAGCUGCAGAAAGGGCUGCUCAGACAUUUGAGGAGCGACGUCGUAAAGCUAUGAGUGAUAGGUUGUCAAAGCAAGAAGAGCACAAAAAGAAUAUGAGAAAAAUUGAAGCUGAAGAUUUUGCAAAGUUACAAGAAAUGAUGGCAAAGUUACGUUCAAAAGAUGAAAGAUGCAAAGCAUUUAAAGAAGAAAAGACUUCUUCUAUUGAACAAUCUCGACAGUUAGCACAAGCAGCAUCUGAUUUGCGAGAUCUCAUUCGACAAAGGCUUGAUAAAGACUCCUUUGUAAAAAGAAGCCAACAAGCUGCAUUAGAAUCAAGACUACUGAGUAUAGAACCUCGCAUAUCUCAAUCUAAAGAAAAUCCUGAGGAAAAAACUUAGUUCCCCUUAAUUAUGUAAAGAACUUUUAACUUCUAUUUUGUAAAAUAUAUCGUGUAUGUUGAUCAAGAGGUUUUUUUUAGAGUGAGUCUUUUUACUAUAAUAUAAUACUGUUAUAAUGAAUGUGAUUGAAAUGUGAUAAUUUUUCUAUUACUUUCACAAUAUAUAUAAUUGCACAUUAGUAGUACUAUUUAAUUGAUUCUAAAAAUAUUUGUUUAGAAUAAACAUUUUAUUAAAAUUUUAUAUUUCUUUAGUAACUGCAUAUAUAUAUAUAUAUAUAUAUAUAUAUAGGUUUCCUUAUUUAAUGAUUUGGUUCAGUGUUAUCUAUCUUAUUUUAAAAUUUUAGAGUUUUAUGCCUUGAAUGCCUUGAAUUUAAUAUAUGUUUGCCACAGCUUUGAAAUGACGCAUUUAAAUCCAUCGUACAUGCUGAAAACUGAUGAAUUUUCACUGUCUCCUGAAAUUGUUCAUAGCUUUUUACAGCUAAAUAAUUUGUAGGUAGAUUUAUAGAACAUUACUUUGUUUAUGGUGAAGUUUUUUUCCCCCUUUGAAAUAUAAGUGGAAAGCUUAAAGGUGGUACAUUUUAUAACUUUACUUCAUAAAUUAGCUAUUGAAUUUAGAUGUCUAGAAUGUUAAGGUAGAUAAUUUGAACUGUUUGAAAAUAUUGUUCAUGAUGAAUAUUAUUGGAAAAAGGUAGUUUAUGAAAAUAAUGAAACCCAUUCAAUUGAUUUAUACUUCUAUUACCUGAGGAGCGAUGAAACAUGGCAUAAAUAUUUUUAUUAUCAUCAGAAUUAAUUGUUACUAUUAAAAAUCAUUAAGCGGUAUCACUUGAUAAGAGUAUGAGUUUCUCAAAAAAAGGGGGGUCAGUUUACUGUUUCUUAUUUAAAUUAUUCAUGUACAUUUUUAUGAAUUAAGGCAAUUUAUUACUUGUGAAAUUUUGAAGCUAAAAUAGUUCAAAGUGAACAUCAUUAUAGGUUUUAAGAUGCUAAUUAGAACUCGUGUAAUUUAUAUAUAACUCAACUUAUGUAUUAUUCGAAAACGUCUUUUGCUAAUUACUCUAAAAUUAUGGUAUUAAUAAUGAUCAUGUUGAAUUUUAUCAGCUGUUUCAUAUAUGUCUAAGCUUAAAGUGUCAUGCUAGUGUUUUAUGCUUAAUGGCACAAGUCUGGAACUUUUUGUAAAGUAAUAUGAAAUCAAUUUAUGAUUAUAUAUGUUAUUUCACAUGAAAUAUAAUCCAUGUUACAUACAUAUACUGUAUUUUAUGUAAUUUAUAUUUGUUUUGAGUUAUUUUAUUUUUACUCAUGCAGUAAUAUUUUUAAGGUUUAAUAUAUACACUAGAGUCAUAAGCUAUAGAACUUAUUCAUAUUCAUUUUGUAUAUAUUCAGUUACAGUUAAAAUAUACUUAGAAAAAUUAAGUGCCAAACUUUUGUGUAUAUUUAUUUUUUAUUUUUAUAACAGAUUUCCUUUUGGGGGGAAGAAGAUUGUAUUUAUUGCACAUGGAAAAAUUAAUAAUUACAAUUAACUAAUAUGGUUGUUAUGUUUCCUGUGACAAUAUUGUUCUCUAUUAUUUUAUAUUAAAUCAACAGUGCAUAAUUAUGAAUGCUAAAAGCACAUCAAACUCAAACUUUUGAAUUAUAUUAUCUACAUCCAUUAUUUUAGUAACUUGUUUUUAAAACAUUAUCAUUGUUUUCUUUACAGAUUGUAAAUUAUCAUUACUGAGAAUUCAUUAAAAUUUUUUAUAUGCUCAUUCUUAAAUUUUUAAAUGGCUACUAUAUGUGCCUGACUUCUAAACUGUGUUGAUGUUGUAUUUGAUAUGACAAUAUAGCAAGUAAAAAAGUUAAUUCUGUGCAAUUUAAUUGAUUAUUUUAAUGAGCCCAAUAUUUAUGUUAUCAAACAGCUGCAAUGUACACUGCUAUUAUUUACUUUAUAAUAUUAAUAGGAAAAAAUAGUUUUAAAAAAGAUUUUUCUAAUCAUAUUGUAUUCUUACAAACUAGAUUUUACUUAUUAAUCUGAAUUUAUGAAUAAGCAAUAUAUAUUUCUUAUGCAUUAACAUAUACUUAGUAUUGUUAAGAAACAUCAUUUUUCGCAUUAUUUUUUAAGUUUUAAAGAUUUAAGAUUCCUAAAUUUUUUGUUUUUAUGCUAUGAAAUAAAUUUUGUUUUCCUAGUGUUUUAAAA